ACCUAAUUGGAAGUUUAAGCUAUCGACUCAUAGUCCAAUUUGGUCAAGGAUUAUUCCCUGCCAGCCAAAGCCAAUCUCGCGCCACUCGCACAAACAUUCGUCCCGAUGUUCUUCAAGCUGCUGUUCGCUUCCUGUCUGGCUUUGGCUCUGGCCAAGCCCCAGCAUCCACCUGCAGCGCAGUAUCCGGCCGGCGUGAACCCGCAGGACUGCCCCGGCUUCCCAAUCUGUGAUAACGAGCGACUGCACAGCCCCAAAUCGCAGUGGGGAGCUCCGCAGAAUCAAUGGCAGCCGCAGCCACAAUGGCAGCAACAACCGCAAACGUGGCAGCCGCAACCCCAGUGGCAGCCGCAGCCUCAAACGUGGCAGCCGCAGCCGCAAUGGCAGCCACAACCACAGCCCUCUUGGAAUUCGGCACCUGCGCCUGCUGCAGGCGGAGACAAAUAUCCCGCUGGUGUCAAUCCCCAGACCUGCCCCAACUAUCCGUACUGCGACGUGAAUGCCGGACACGCUGGCGGUCCUGUGGCGGCUCCUCCGCUGCCAGGCUGGACAGAGCGUCUUUACCCGGCCGGAGUUUCUCCACACGAGUGCCCCAACUUCCCCUAUUGCCACUAGAGCAAUCUGGGGUGAUGAAGAUUCUAUUCUAUCCCUAUCGUUUCUAUCUCCCUUCCCCGCAGCUUCCCCAACCUAACGCUUCGCCCUAUGUUCUCAAUUAGUGAAAAUUGAUUUGAAAUUCUGUUGUUGGCGCCGAAUAAAAUGCAUGUUGGUCAAAGAA